CAUGUUGCCACCAGAACCUCCUGUGAACAUAAAGUUGCUUCCAGGGAACAAUUAGCCAGAGGUCUCUGCAAUAACAAGGAAAUUAAUUCCAACUUGUACAAUUACUGUGAUCAGCACUACAAAGACACUUAUCCAUGCGCCCCUGGAAUUGCAUACUAUGGUCGGGGUGCUCUACCGAUAUAUUGGAACUAUAAUUACGGAGAAGCAGGUAAAGAUUUGAAGGUGGAUUUGUUGAACCAUCCAGAGUACAUUGAACAAAAUGCUACCUUGGCCUUCCAAGUUGCAAUUUGGAGGUGGAUGACGCCAAUUAAGAAGCAUCAGCCUUCAGCACAUAAUGUCUUUAUAGGUUACUGGACACCCACCAAAAAUGACACUUUGGCCAAGAGAGUUUCUGGUUUUGGUGCUACUAUGAAUGUGCUCUACGGAGAUCUUAUUUGUGGUCAAGUUGAUAAUAAUUCCAUGAACAACAUCAUCUCCCAUUACUUACAUUACCUUGAUCUUAUGGGUGUUGGUCGAGAAGAAGCAGGGCCUCACGAAGUGCUUAGCUGUGCUAAGCAGGUUGCUUUCAAUCCAUCUUUUUCCUCAUCUCCUUGAGCUCUGUUUGGUGUUGAUGGAUAAUCUGUCCUUUUUGAAUUAAUUUGUAUCUAAGAACUUCUGAAGCAACAAAAAGAAAUGUUCAAACAUUAAGGUGUGGUAAGAGGUUGUAUAAAAUAUUUGUGUUUCUAUGUGAUGCUAAA